AUGAAGAAGUGUUGCUCCUUCACACUGAGGUUCGCUGGCUGUCGAGGGGGGAAUGUGGUAUCAAGAGUAGAAUCACUAAAGGAGGAGCUCACUGAAUUCUUCAAAUGUGACAACAAGGCAAAGUCACUUGAGUUCACCAAGAAAUUGUCAGACAGCCAGUGGCUUCAGAAGCUGGCCUACCUGAGUGACAUAUUCUUACGCCUCAACUCAUUUAACUUAUCCCUCCAAGGCCGUUUUGCCACAGUGAGUGAUUUCAUGGACAAACUUAGGUCACUGACCAUGAAGCUGGAGCUUUGGGAAGGGAAGGUCAAAGAUGGAAAUCUUAGCAUGUUUGAACACCUUGGUGAGGCACUUGAUAAAAGUCAAAACACUGGAAAACAAGAUGUGAUGCAACUUGUGCAAUCACAUCUAGCUUCUCUGCGGAUGGAGCUGCAGUCUUACUUCCCCGAAUUGAGUGAAUUGGAAUCAAAAUUGAUUAGAAACCCUUUCAUUGUGAAUGUGCACCUUCUCCCAGAUAACAUGCAAGAGGAGUUCUUAGAGUUGGUGAACGACUCUGUUGCAAAAGAUGCAUUUGAAACACUUUCCCUAACCAAGUUCUGGGCUAAAAUGAGUGAGAUUUACCCUGUUGUAUCUAAAGUAGUUCUGAACUCUUUGUUGAUGUUCCUAGUACUUAUCUGUGUGAGCAAGGAUUUUCAACGCUGUUGA